AUGCCACCAAAACGAGCAACAUCAACCUCCAGAUCAUCGACUGUCCUCUUCAAAAAGCACAAGAUCACUGUCCUACUUUCCCUCCAACCCAAUGAGCCCCUCACAGCAGUCAAAGAAAAAUUACACGAUGCCUUGAAAUCGCGGGAGCUUCGCGAAAUCAAUGGCGAUCAAGUCCCCGAGGACUCUAGUUGCAUCGAGUUUGGUUUGCCCGUUGAUCGAAAUGACCUCGAAAAAGGAUGGACACCACUGGCCGACCAUACAUCAGUUGAUCAGAAUGGGGAUGUUCCUCAAACGAGUACAGGGAUAGCCGACCAGACUGCUCAAGCAGCUGGAUUAACGAAUGGGCACCCAGUCGCAUUUCGUUUCAGGAAGUCAGGCGAAGUCAAAGACGACGAGCUCGAGAGAGAUCUCAAUCACGAAGAUCCAGGAUGGGACGUAGUUAUCCCAUCUUUUGAGGACGAGGACGAGGAAUAUUGA